ACCCCCCUUUCCCUGUGGUAACACCUUACUGCGUCUAUGAGGGUUUUUUCCUUUGCUCAAUCAAAUUCACCCUUAAACCUAAAACUAUACAGACUGUAGUAGGACAAAGGCCUACAGAGCACCUAGCCCAACCACACUUUCCUAAAGUAUGGAAAAGGCCCAAAGACCCAGGGUGGCUUGGACACAUCUUCAGUGCCAGAACCGGUAUUAACAAGCAGUUUUUUCCGAGUGUCGGUCCUUGUCUGUUUCCUCACAUUUUCUGUUGAGUUUGUUGUGGCUGCAAGAUGACAGCAAGCAAUGCCCAUGAAAUCCUUUGGAGUGCAUGUUGGAAGUUGAGAGGAAAAAAUAAAGCUUGAGAUCAUGAUCUGAAUCAUCUACAGUGGAUGCUCUCUCCUACUUGUUAACAACUCGGUGUGCUUCAGAUUGCGCGCAGUUACGUUCAGCUUCGUUUUUCUCUCUGCGUUUGGGUGCAUGCUCGUGAUUCCAGGGCCAAUUCUGAAUGUGCGCAUGUGUCUUUCACAGGUUCUGCCUUUUAUAUACCGAGCCAUUGGCUCAAAACAUCUUCCUGACGGUAAUAUAAGUUUCGUGCAUUUUGAUUCACAUCCAGAUCUCCUUAUUCCUGUGAAUAUGCCAGCUGACACUGUGUUUGAUAAGGAAACUCUUUUCGGAGAAUUAAGUAUUGAGAAUUGGAUUAUGCCUGCAGUUUAUGCUGGCCAUUUUUCUCAUGUAGUAUGGCUUCAUCCCGCGUGGGCUCAGCAAAUCAGAGAGGGUACACAUCACUUUUUAGUAGGCAAAGACAUCUCUACCACAACAAUCAGGGUUACGAGUACAGACCAUUACUUCCUAAGUGAUGGUCUUUAUGUAACUGAGGAUCAGCUAGAGAACCAAAAACCUUUGCAGUUGGAUGUAAUUAUGGUAAAACCAUAUAAACUCUGUAACAAUCAAGAAGAAAGCGAUGCAGUGUCUUCUGCUAAGAAACCAAAGCUAGCACGGGAAGGCUCAGAAGACACUGCCUCCACUCACUGUGACUCUUGUUCAGAAGGGUGGGAAACGGACACAGUGGCACAGAGAGGGGUCCGCAGUGGCCUGGAACCGUCGUGUUCACAUUCUUCCGAAAGCCAGGAACCCCAGACCACAGUCAGCGCUGGAGGAGUCCUGGGCACUUUGAAGAAAGGAGAUGCGUUUGUCUUAGAUAUUGACUUGGAUUUUUUUUCAGUCAAGAAUCCCUUCAAAGAAAUGUUCACUCAGGAGGAGUACAAGAUCUUGCAAGAGCUGUACCAAUUUAAAAAGCCUGGCACCAACCUGACAGAGGAAGAUCUAGUAGAUUGUGUUGAUGCUCGAAUUCACCAAUUAGAAGAUUUAGAAGCUACUUUUGCUGAUUUGUGUGAUGCUGAUGAUGAAGAAACUGUACAGAAAUGGGCUUCAAACCCUGGAAUGGAAUCACUAGUUCCACUUGUGCAGAGUUUGAAAAAACGGAUGGACGUGCCAGACUAUGAAAUGGUUCACCAGGCGGGUCUAACCUGUGACUAUGCAGAACUUCCUCACCAUGUCAGCACAGAACAGGAAAUCGAGUGUCAUAUGCAGUCUGUAUAUUAUUUACUGAAAAACCUACCAAAACCUACCCUUGUGACAAUUGCAAGGUCAAGUCUGGAUGAUUACUGCCCUUCUGAGCAAGUUGACAGUAUUCAGGAGAAAGUCCUCAAUGUGCUCCGCUCCCUCUAUGGGACUCUAGACCUCCACCUGGUGUAUUCAGAGUCCGCUCCAUCUUGAAACAGCAAAACACGAGGCUCCUAUUACAUCUCGAUGUAGUAACAGGGUUUUCAGUAACUUAUUUGUAAAUGAGUCUUCCAGAGGACACUUUGUUUUUACAUUAAGUUUGACUUAAAAUCUUUCGGGUAUCGUCAGUUGUUGAAUGAUGGCAAUUUUGUUGGCAUCAAGUCUACCCCUUUGGGUUUUCUUUGUGUAAUUAUCCUCACUUUUAUGAGGGUGUUUUUCCCCCCUUUCUCCCUGAGAUCAGUUGGACUGUAUGACAUUCAUUCAUUCAUUGAUUAUUCACUCAACUAACUUUUAUUGAGCACUUACACGUGCCAGACACAGUUAAAUGAUGGGUAUAUGGUAAUGAGCAGAACAGACAAGGCCCUGCCCUCUGAGGGACAGCUGAGAAACUAAUUAUGGAAGGACAACCACAAACAUGUCUUAGGCAUGCUCUAGUUCUCAGGGCACCCUGGCCUUAUGGGAAAGUAACAUUCUCAGAAGCUACUAGCAAAAUAAUAACAAUAAACAAACUUGCCAGUCCAUGGAAAUGUUGCAGAAGUCGACCUCUCUGAGACUGUUGGUUCUGUAGCCUAGCUCUUGCUAAAAAUGCUCUCAGAUUGUUGGUAUUGAGGAGGUCUAAUUGAGUAAACUCAACCAAACAAAAAUUGACCCUGGUUUGCUAAUCAGAAAAGCCCUUCUGGGGUUUUGUGCCUCAGUGGCAGUCAGUGUGAAAACUGAUUAUCAUUAUAGUUCAUAAGAGCCACUUUAUUGGCAGUCUGGGUAGAUACUUUUUCAAAUAAACCAGUUCUUUAUGUAAAUAGUAGGGGAAAAAGUUAACUCCCUAAUUCUGGCCUACCGUUAAAUACUGCCUUCUAGCAGCCUCCCAUGAAAAGGAGACCCUGCCCAACUCAGUCUUAAUCAUGGGACUUUUCAUUUAUGUAAUUGGCCAGAGUCUUUCCCCUUUUCAGUAUCCUUCAUGUUCAGAAAUCAUUUUCAACUUUAUUGCUGAAAGUAUGACAGAUGUCGUCCCCCCCCCGACUUUUUUUUUUUCAUUUUUAACUACCUACUUAAUUUCUUUUCCUUUAAAAGGUAGGAUGACAUUUAAAGAAAAAAUAAUUCAUUAUUCCUGUCCUACCACGGCAGUUGUUGUCAUUUUUGCAUGUAACUUUCAGGCCUUGACCACACGUGUACCUGUUGAGUUGCAUGUGACUGAAAUUACAGUGUUAGGUCCCACUCACUUAGGGCUGAUAACCAAGGGCACGUUACCAUCACUGCGCACUAGAUGGCACCAGAUCCCAUUUUUCCAGUGAUCCUUUUUUCUGACGAAUUUUUCUUGUCACCAGGUUGAUUUCCAAGUCUGAUAAAUGUGAAUGCUUAUUUCUGUUGUGAAAAGCAGAGCAAACUGAUUUAACUUUCCAUUUUGAUGGAACAUUAGGUGCCAAAAAGUUUUCAUUUCUCUAACAUCAGAAUUGCAAAACAGUGCUAUUUAUUUUUAAAAUUUUAUUAAGAGUUCUGUAAAUAGAUGUUACUUUUAUGAGUAAAUUAACUUUGUGUGCUAAGAGAAAUAAAAAGGUGUGUAUUGAGGUUUUAAAGAUUGAAAACCAAACCAUAGCACUAAUUAAUUGUGUGUCAUCUCUGUGUUCAUAGCAUUGGUCUUAUGGGUCUGGUUUAGCUAGUAAGUCACUUACUACAAUUCCCAUGAGCCAAUGUGACUCAUCAUUGUUUUAGCUCAGGUAGAGUAAAAGAGCAUCAGUUUCCUCUUUAGGAACACUUGGAUUGCUUAGUUUCAUGCUCUGUAAAGAGUAAAAUUCAGCCCCUGUUGUUGACUAGAACAAACUUAGUAAAUUGUGCCUCUGUAUUUCAGAUUGGAAGAUAUUUAAUUUAUCAAGACAUCCUUCAUACGUGUUCUAAGCACCAGUGAGAAUUAGACACGAAUAUCACCUGAAGCAUGGGCUUUUGAGAAACGUUGACUUCAGUGUAAGCAUGGGCCCCAUAGCUUUGAUAUCUCUAGGUGAUCUAGGUUCUCAAGGAGCCCUUGGUAAAAGUCCUUCAUUCUUUAUAUGAUAUUUUCUCCAAAUAUCAUAUAUUUUCAUAUAUUUUAUAAUUUAUAUUUGGUGGUUGUUUGUAUAGGAAGUCUACUAGGACGCUGUGUUGGCUGUCUUCGCAUGAUGUCAAAUAAAAAUAAAACACCGGCCUGACAUCCAAGAAAAGCACUUACAAGCAAAACAACUCUUUUAGUUUUAAAAUAUCUUUUUUUCUGCUUUGCAGUUAAGGGAUUAGCUCUACUAUGUACCAAAUGCAUUAUAAAGUUAUAUUAAUUAAAACAGUGCAUUACUAGCACGUGAGCAGGCAAACAAAUGGAACAUAAUAGUGUCCAGAUAUGGACCUAAGUCAGAGUAAGGAUAUCUGGUUUAAGAGGAAAAAAUAAAAAACUAAUGACUCAUAUAAAA